AUGGCUACCGGAAGGGAGCGCGAGAACUUCGUCUACAUCGCCAAGCUGGCCGAGCAGGCCGAGCGAUACGAUGGUAAGCUUUUCCUCUCCAGAUCUGGAUCACCCUUCAUUUAGGGUUUCUGUUGGAGAUCUGGCGGUCGGGUUGGAAUGGCCUUAGAGGAUUUGAACGCGGCACUGGUUUCGGCGGGUUUUUUUUCCAGAGAUGGUGGAGUCGAUGAAGAAGGUAGCGAGCCUCGGGGUGGAGCUGAGCGUAGAGGAGAGGAACCUGCUCUCCGUAGGGUACAAGAACGUGAUCGGGGCAAGGAGGGCCUCGUGGAGGAUCCUGUCAUCGAUUGAACAGAAGGAGGAAACGAAAGGGAACGAGCAGAAUGUGCGGAAGAUUAAGGAGUACCGUCAGCAGGUGGAGACUGAGCUCAGCGGCAUUUGCACGGACAUCACGACAGUCAUCGAUGAGCACCUUAUCCCAUCGGCCACUGCCGGGGAGUCCUCCGUCUUCUACUACAAAAUGUGAGCGAUUAACAUAGAUGUUUGGGAAUUUCCUUCUGUCCGCUCUUUAUUGAUUACUGACCUGUUAUGGGUGACUUCAGGAAGGGGGAUUACUAUCGUUACUUAGCAGAGUUUAAGUCUGCAAGCGAGAAAAAGGAAGCUGCUGAUCAGUCCCUGAAAGCGUAUGAGGUAUGACUUUUAGAAUAUAGUUCCAUGGCUGAAUCUGUUUUUCGUGUCAUGACUUUUCUCUUCAAAUUAUCCUCCAUAUGUUCUUGCCAUGUCAGUCCUCGAUUGUUUUUGUUUUCUACACAUGCAAAACCCAUAGGUUUUUCUCACCAUGGAUUUCUUGCGUUUUUUGUGAUUAUGGCGUUUGGUGACUUUACUGAAUAAAAAUUAACUGAAUUUUCCUAGUUUGAUUCACUUUGAUGAUAAAUAAUGGAUUGUAAAAUUUCUUUUUCUAUUACAUGUUGUAGAUUAGUAUCUUCUGAGAGUAUACUUUCUUCUAGAAACAAUCGUUUUUCUUUGGUAGAGAGUCUUGACGAGGGCUUUAUUCCCGUGAAGUGUGUAUGUCGAGCGUGGGAUCGUUCCCAUUUUGGGGUGAACUUUUAGCACAGCAUCCCCAUAGCAAAUGGAAGUUCUUUUUUCUUGCAGAAGUACAACUACCAUUUUUUUUUGCAACUUAAACAGGAGUUCCUUUUGCUGCUUAUAUCAGCAUUCAUAUGCUAGAUGGUCUGAGUUAUACAUUUGGUUUUAUUUGAAUCUGUAUUUUAUAACUCAGUAACUUGAAAAAUAUACUUAGAGGAUUGGUGAUGUUUUCUUAAAUUACGUGGUUAGUUCUAAUUCAGUAGUUUCUAUGGCUUAUUGAUUUCGAUAUCUCGAUUUUUUUAUCAACGAUGUCAUUCUUAUAGGUUUACUAACUCUUAAUUUGUUUUUUUUUGUUCUCUUUUAUCUCGUCUUUAGAUGAUCAAAAUAUAUAACAAGCAUUUGGAGUUAUAUGAUUGUCCGUUAUUGGUUGCAUUGUUAUUUUCUCUAUCUUUAAGUGUGUGGUCCACUGUAGAACUGACAAAGAGAAGCCAAUAUCCGGGUGUAUAGUGAAGCAUUUUCCCUCGCAUGCGUGAGAAAUACAUUCAUUGCGUCUGGACUUGAAUGAGCUGCUUUAUCUGGAAUGUGCCUUAAAAAAAGAUAAUGUGUAAAAAUUUCUAUGCGAUUUUUGAUAUAAAUUCAAGUGAAUUUUUUGUAGAUUUUUUUUUUUGUAGAUUAUCAGCUUAAAUUCCAAGUACGUGAUUAAUUUGUCUAAGUAGAUCAUGUAUUGCUUAUCGCAUAUUUCGCUCGUAAGUGUGGGUUGAUUUAAAUUUCACCGUUUUGUAUUCUUUUAUUGAUCCAAGGAUUUGGAAAUUUACCCAUUCAGAAAACUUUACAUGCUUACUUUUCCUUGGAAUUGGGUUCAACAUCUAGUUUCCCCUCCAAGAAGAAAACGACAAAUAUGAAAUGUGUUUGUCAACAUUGCAGACAGCUACGGCUACUGCUGAGGCUGAUUUGUCACCCACUCAUCCAAUUAGAUUGGGCUUGGCGUUGAAUUUCUCCGUGUUUUAUUACGAGAUUAUGAAUUCGCCUGAAAGGUAUGGAGAUUGUGCUUAGUGACUUGUUAUUGUCUCUCUCUACUUCUGUAUAUUAUUAUCUGAGUCUUGUGGCUCGUACGAUUAGGGCCUGCCACCUUGCAAAACAAGCAUUUGACGAAGCGAUUGCUGAGCUUGAUACGCUAAGUGAAGAGUCUUACAAGGAUAGCACUCUGAUUAUGCAACUUCUAAGAGAUAACCUCACCUUGUGGACGUCUGACAUCACGGACGAGACAGGUAACUUUUCAAUUCGUUUGAAAGAUUAACCUUUGGUUUCAUGACUGUACAUUCUUUGAAUUUUUAUAUUUUUAUAAUGUGGGUGAACCUAAAACCCUCCGAUUUGCUUGGAAUGCUAACAAUGUUCGUUGAUGCGACUCUAAAUCUGGAUGAUUCUUGUUUAUAAUGUUAUCUCUACCAUUUUUAUUUUCGGCGAUGAUAGUUGGUAGCUCUCAUACUUUAUUGAAAUCGACAUUUUUCUCAUGGAUUGAACCGAUUCCCGUCUCCACAUUCCCGUCUCUCAUGCCUGCCGAUGGCACCAAUAAGAUUUCAUUUUCUUUGGGCUCUAACGCCCUCAACACCCGACCAAGUCUAAACGAUUUCCAUGGUCUCAAUGUGGUAAUUGCGCCUGCUUCAGCUCAUUCACCGAGGGGAAGAUCUAACAGCCACCGGGCCUGGUCCUUGCUUUCCUGAUGUUCUCUCUCUUGUUCAGACAAAAGCCGGCAUAUCCAAGAUGAUGAUUGAAUCGUUUAUGUUGAUCUCCUCUUCCAUUCCAUAAGAAAGAAAGGCUAUAAAUUCGCUCUCUUUGUCUUCUCACGACCAACAAUGGCAUCGUUCUAAUCAAACUUGCCCUGUGACAGAGGACUCAGUGAGGGAAAGCACCGCGAGGGCAGGCGCCGGCGAAGACAUGGAGGUGAGCUCCCUGCCCGUCAUAUCAUGUAGUCUUUGGAACCACAGACCAUUUCAUUAUUUUUAUCCUCCUCUUGCAGUGAGGAUCAGUGCGGCUGGAACUGGGACCCCGACCUCUCUUUGCAGAGACUGGAAACGAAAACUGUCUCCUUUCCGAUUCGUAAGGGCCCCCCUCUCGCUCCAGAUUUCCUCGUGUCCGCAGAGAGCAGCGCGUUCUGUUUUAGUCAGUAGGAGCGUCCGUGGACCUCGGCUCAUCCCCGCCGCCCAGCCACCGCCGCUCGCCGCUCGCCGCCGUCUACCUCUCCUCCACCGUAUGGGAAUUGCAUGAUGUUUUUUAUUUCUGUGGUUUCUAUUUUUAGUCGUCGAUAUGAAUUCGGGGAGAAGCAUACUGUUAUUUGUCGCUGUUCUGCUAUGUUUCAUGUGUUCAUCAUCCAAUUGGCUAACCCUUUAUAUAUAUAUAUAUAUAUAUAUAUCGCUGACCUCGGUAUGUUCCAAGAGAACAUCAUAAAAUUACGUAAUAUUUGCCCGUUAUUUGGUCCUUUAGUUUUUGAGAUGUCAGUGGCUUCUCUAGAUUUUUAUCUUAAAAAUUAAAGAGGCACCCUUUGUAAUUGGGAAGAUGCCGGGGGGGCGGUGAUGUUAAGGGAGAGCACCAGAUUCAUGCAUUUUUAAGAGUUGGCGCCAAACGGGAGAGACCCACUCGAGAGGUGAUGGGAGUGGAGAGGCAGCGUGGUAUCCACCCAGACGAUGGCCUUCCCUUCGUUCCAGAAACUGCCUGCGCCGGCGGACCUCAGAGGGCAAAACGGGGCUCUGUGGAUGGUUGAUGGUGGCCUCCUACUCCAACCGCAUCGCCUCCUCCUUCUCGCUGCCCCUGGCAAUUGUGUGUAUCGGCCUUGUCCUCUCUCGAAUGCGCUCUGGCCAUCGGCCGGAGAUGGAUGAGGCUCAUGUUGAAGCAGUAA